UUGCACCCCCACCUCUUCCGUGUCCGUGGAAACAAUACAAACUCCUACUCCACAACGAAGGGAAACCGUAAAAGCGUCACCCGCCAUAAUUGGAUCGUUACAGCUUCUCAGCCUCGAGGCUCGACUCGAGUCCUUCCUCCUCCACCACCACCCGGCGGCGGCGCAGCCAACCAUCCCGGCCGCCCACACCGCACUAUGCCGUCGAUGGCCGCGGACGCCCAGGCGGACCGUCCCAGCUGCGGCAGCAAGGACUCCCGGUUCUUCCUGUCGCACGACAUCGGCCUGCCGAUCGCGUUCCGCGUCGACCGCCUCAUCCCAGAUCAUACUUUGUUGAUUGAAAGUUCUUUGGAGCUGUUUGUCGAGUGUGCGCUAUACAUUGAUGGAAUACAGUUUGGACUAACUGUCGAUACAAGGUUGGAAUCUUCAGGACCAAUCUACUGCUGGAAUGAGCUUAUGACACUCAGUAUAAAGUACAGGGAUCUAACACCCCUCUCACAGCUUGCAUUCACGGUUUGGAAUGUGUCAGCUGGUGAAGAUAGGAUGAUUGUUGGUGGAGCCACUGUAUCCCUUUUUAACAGCAAAAAACAGCUUAAAACUGGACGGCAUAGGCUGAGGAUUUGGCCCAAAAAAAUGGCGGAUGGAAGUCUCCCCACCUCAACUCCUGGCAAGGUUUCUAAGACUAAGAGGGAUGAGAUGGAGAGAUUGGAGAGGGUUGCUAACAAGUACAAGAAAGGACAGAUACAACAUAUAGAUUGGCUAGCUCGUCUCACCUUCAGAGCUGUGGAUAAAAUGGAGGAAGAGAGUGAGAGAAUUGCGAAUUCAUACCCUAGCCUAAUUGUUGAACUUUGCAGUUUUGAACACAAAGUUAUUUUUCAGGAAUCAGGUGCUAAUUUCCGCUUAGCAGCACCAUUAUCAUUAGUGCAUCCAUCUAAGCAUAAGCUUAUUUUUGUAAGCGACCCUAAUGUUGGACAAAUCAAUCCAUCCGAGCAUAAACAACUUAUGCUUGCUAGGAGCCUGGCUCGCGGAAUGAUCGACAGAAAUAUGAAACCAAGUUCAAAUGAGCGAAAGUUAAUACAAACAAUCCUCAAAUAUCCACCAACACAUUCUCUAAGCCUUGAUGAGAAGCAAUUGUUAUGGAAAUUUCGUUUCUCUUUGAUGUCUGAGAAGAAAGCUCUUGCAAAGUUCCUCCUCUCCGUGGAAUGGAGUGAUACCCAAGAAGCCAAGCAAGCUGUUGCCUUGAUUCGAAGGUGGGAAACCAUUGAUGUGGCUGAUGCCCUGGGGCUUCUUUCAGCAGUUUUUCAAAACGAAGAAGUGCGUGCUUAUGCUGUCAGCAUACUAGAAAGGGCCAAUGAUGAAGAGAUACAAUGCUAUUUACCGCAGCUUGCACAAGCUCUGAGAUUUGAAAGAUCAGACAAGUCGCACCUAGCACUCUUUCUUGUGCGCCGCUCUUUGUCCAAUUUUGGAAUUGCGAGCUUCCUUCGCUGGUACUUAAUUGUUGAGCUUCAUGAUCCUACACACGCAAGACGAUAUUACCGUACAUAUGACCAACUUGAAGAAAGUAUAAUGACGUUGGUAGCUGGGAAGGAUGGAGGUGAAGAUGGGUUUCAACUUUGGCUUAGUAUGUCACGGCAGUCAGAUCUUACUGCUCAGUUACGCUCUAUUACCAAGGAUUUAAUGAGUGUUAAACGGGCACAAAGCAAAGCCGAGAAAUUAGAACAGCUAUUGUCAGGAGUCUUCAGUGAGCUUACCAACUUCAGUGAGCCAAUACGUUCACCGUUAACACCAAGUGUCCUCCUUGCGGGAAUUGUGCCUCAAGAAUCAUUUGUAUUUAGUAGUGCUAUGUAUCCGUUGUGUCUAACAUUUAGGACUCAUACUGGGGGAACAUCGAAGAUUAUUUUUAAGAAAGGCGAUAAUCUCCGCAAAGAUCAGCUGGUCAUCCAAAUGUUCUCUUUGAUGGACCGUUUGCUCAAAUCAGAAAAUCUAGACCUGCACCUUACCCCAUAUCGUGUUCUUGCAACUGACCUAAACGAAGGGUUGGUUGAGUUUAUUCCUUCGAGUUCCCUUGCAAAGAUUCUACAAAAACAUGGCAGCAUCAUAAGUUACCUGCAAAUUUAUCAUCCUGACAAAGAAGGUCCUUUCGGCAUUACUGCCCUAUGCUUGGAAAGCUUUGUAAAAAGCUGUGCUGGUUACUGCGUAAUUACAUACAUCUUGGGGAUUGGUGACAGGCAUCUUGAUAAUCUUCUUCUACGAGAUGAUGGACGCCUUUUCCAUGUUGAUUUCUCUUUUAUGCUGGGCGAAGAACCACACCGGUUUGCGCCAUCACAGCCACCGAUGAAAUUAUGCAAAGAAAUGGUAGAAGCCAUGGGUGGUGUUGAAAGCCAAUACUAUGCUAGAUUCAAGUCCUACUGUUGUGAAGCAUACAACAUAUUACGGAAGUCCAGCAAUCUAAUUCUGAACCUCUUCCAUCUGAUGUCGGGAUCAAAUAUUCCAAGUAUCACGGAGAAGGGCAUUUUUAAGCUUCAGGAGAAUUUCCGAUUGGAUCUAGAAGAUGAGGAGGCUGUACAUUUUUUCCAGGAACUCAUCAAUGAGAGUAUCAGUGCAUUGUUCCCACAAGUAGUUGAGACCAUUCAUAGAUGGGUGCAGUCUAGGCGUUAAAGUACGGUCUAGAAAAAGUAAAUAUAGUUUCCAGAUAUGAUGGUACUUCCAUAAUUCUUUUCGUGAUUUGGAACGGAGGGAGUAUCUCUUUUCAGUGGCUUCUGAUAAUCUUUCUGUAUAGUAUGCAACUGGCUUUUUCUAACUACUUGUAUAGUAUAAAUUUUAAGUAAAUUACGGUCAUGUUGCACAGGGCGGAUUUUAUUCUCAGUUGCAAAGUUACAGGGUACGCGUUGCAUGGGAGUUGAAGCACAAGUACUUUGGGAACAUCAGUCCUGAUUAACACUGUGUUCGCUUAAAACAAGCAUGUAGUCUUUGUAUCUAGUGCUCCAUAGCUAGUAAAGGUCACUUACGAACAUUUAAAUUAUGUAUAACAUGAGGCACUUUGUACAGUGUUUAAGGAGAAUGUAGGUACAAUGCACGAUGCUUACGUGAUUGCUUAAGGUGGUAAUAUAUCCACGUCA